UGUCCUCGACCAAGGGCAUUCAUGUCAUUUCCCAUCAUUUCCCUAAAACCCUCGUUCUGCUUCACUUCAGUGGUUCUCCCAAAACCCUUCUUCUCUCUCCACUUCCAUUUCUGUCUUCCUUUUUACUCUUCUCGAAGAGGAAAUCUCCAUUUCCAUCUCUGAAUCCUCAGGUGCUGUACCCUCUCCUGUCUCUUGGUUCGCAUGAACCUAGCCUCCUGCGAGGACUAGGACGAUCCUCGUCUCGUUUCGUCUCUUCCUCAGACAGCACUUGCCCCAAUGGCGUCCUCUUUACUUCGAAGCCGCUCAGCCAAGAGGCUCAUCGAUCUCUCCUCUCCCCUUUACUCGUGUUGCAGAGGCGAAUUUGCGGGAAAUGCUAAUCUUUUGCAAAAUGGGGUUUGGAACGUUGAUUCUGUUUGCGCGUCUUGGUGGAUCCGGUCGAUGGCGACGUUUACGCGCACGAAGCCUCAUGUAAAUGUUGGAACCAUUGGUCAUGUUGAUCAUGGAAAAACUACUCUCACUGCUGCAAUCACAAAGGUGUUGGCAGAAGAGGGAAAAGCUAAGGCUGUUGCAUUUGAUGAGAUUGAUAAGGCACCAGAAGAGAAAGCAAGAGGAAUUACUAUUGCAACGGCACACGUUGAGUAUGAAACUGCGAAACGCCAUUAUGCACAUGUAGAUUGCCCUGGACAUGCUGAUUAUGUAAAAAACAUGAUUACUGGAGCUGCUCAGAUGGAUGGUGGAAUACUAGUUGUAUCUGCCCCUGAUGGGCCUAUGCCACAAACGAAAGAGCACAUUUUGCUUGCACGUCAGGUAGGAGUGCCAUCCCUGGUGUGCUUCUUGAAUAAGGUUGAUGCAGUUGAUGAUCCAGAGCUUCUGGAACUUGUAGAAAUGGAGCUACGCGAGCUGCUAAGCUUUUAUAAAUUUCCUGGUGAUGAAAUUCCCAUAGUCCGGGGCUCAGCUUUGUCAGCCUUACAAGGCACAAAUGAAGAGAUAGGGAAGAAGGCCAUUUUGAAAUUAAUGGACGCUGUUGAUGAAUACAUACCUGAACCAGUACGACAGCUUGAUAAACCAUUUCUCAUGCCUAUUGAAGAUGUGUUCUCAAUUCAGGGCCGUGGAACAGUUGUGACUGGUCGCGUUGAGCAGGGAACUAUUAAAGUUGGAGAGGAUGUUGAGGUUUUAGGAUUGACUCAGGCUGGUCCUGUGAAGACUACUGUCACUGGUGUGGAGAUGUUCAAGAAGAUUCUGGAUCGUGGAGAAGCUGGAGAUAACGUGGGUCUUCUUUUACGUGGUUUGAAACGUGGAGAUGUGCAACGUGGUCAGGUUAUUUGCAAGCCUGGUACUGUUAAGACAUACAAGAAAUUUGAGGCAGAGAUUUAUGUGCUCACAAAGGAUGAAGGGGGUCGGCAUACUGCUUUCUUUUCAAACUACAGGCCACAAUUCUACAUGAGAACUGCGGAUGUUACUGGGAAGGUGGAAUUGCCUGAAAAUGUAAAGAUGGUGAUGCCUGGUGACAAUGUGACAGCUAUUUUCGAGCUUAUAUCGCCUGUUCCACUUGAACCAGGACAAAGAUUUGCCUUGAGAGAAGGAGGGAGGACAGUUGGUGCUGGGGUGGUGUCCAAAGUUAUAAGCUAACAUGUUUAUGACAGUCCAUUUUUCCUUCUAAUUCCAUUUCAGAUGGUAAACAAAAAUGGAGAAGCGACACAUUCAAGUAGCAGAGUGGGACAGAAAACAUAGGUUCCGGUAAUUGCUGUUACAUUCUUCAGGAACGAUUGACGUUUUUUCUCUUUUGGAAAAUGAUAUUGCGGAACCUACCCACUUCCUCACAAUUUUGAAAUCGUGAGAUCAGAGGAAUUUCAUUUAUGCUAUGAGUCUGGACAUCGAAUUUGUGGGAUGUGUUGCCUCACGUAUUGAUCUGCUUUUUUGUUAGUUUGGACUUGAUAAGUGCAUUCAUGGAUGCUUUUUUUAGAAAGAUAAUAAGAAUAAAGAUCUCUAUAGUUGUACAAAAAA